GUCACUAUUAAGGCAGCUACGAUGUAGUAUUAAUAAAUAUUGUGAAUGUGUGUAUCCGAAAAUGAAAUCUAAUUAAAUUCGUUCGUUAUUUUCUAAAACUUGCAAAACUAUUUAAAACAAAAAAAAAAAUGGAAUUUUGUGGAAGUCAUGAUUAUGUUCUCCGAUGAGCUUUUCGAGCAAAAACCAUAAAACCAAACGUAAAAGAAAAGACCAUCACUUCACUUUGCUUUCUUCUAUAUAAAACCAUCUUCUACUCCACUACACAUCGAGAGCUCACUGUGAACAAAAAACUCGAAACAAAUGAAGAAAACACCUUCGCCGGAACCAGUCACCAUCUACGGCAAUCAGCAAGAAACCUUCGUCGGAGAUAUGGAGUACUACACUUACUUCGACGAAUCUUGUAUCCAAGACAUGAACUAUUUCGUCAAAACAAUCACCGGAAUCAAAUCCAAAGGAAUCAGACCAGACCUUAUCGGUUCCAUCAUCGCUCAUUAUGCUUCAAAAUGGCUCCCUGAUCUCUCCGGCAACGUCUCCGCCAUCAUUUCAACCUCCGUGGAAUCCAAGAACCACCUCAAUGACACACAGCCGGAGAGCGUCACUGCAUCUGUAAUGAAGAAACGAUUUUUCGUCGAAACACUAAUCGGAAUCCUCCCGCCGGAGAAAGACUCUGUUCCUUGCAAUUUCCUCCUCCGUCUCCUCAGGACAGCGAAAAUGGUCGGAGCUAAUACGAACUACUUAACGGAGCUUGAAACCAGAGUCUCGUGGCAGCUUGACCAAGCCUCUCUCAAGGAGCUUAUGAUACCUUCCUUCAGCUACACGUCUGGUACUUUGCUUGACGUUGAGCUUGUGACGCGUCUCGUGAACAAGUUUUCUGGAUUGGAUAGUGAAGGUGUUAAAACCAGUGCGGCUCUUGUUAAAGUGGCCAAGCUUGUUGACUCUUAUCUCGCUGAAGCCGCCGUUGACGGUGCUUUGGCUUUACCGGAGUUUAUUUCCUUAAUCACAGCUCUUCCUAGCCAUGCUCGUACUACAGAGGACGGCUUGUACCGCGCCAUUGAUACAUAUCUCAAGGCACAUCCUCAGGUGUUGAAGCAAGAAAGGAAGGAACUUUGCAGACUUAUUGAUAGCAGAAAGUUAUCACCGGAAGCAGCUCUUCACGCGGCUCAGAAUGAUCGUUUACCGGUGAGAGCAAUCAUUAGAGUUUUGUUCACUGAGCAGACAAAGCUAAGUCGUCACAUUGACUGGAAUGGUAGCUCUAUAAGCAGCACGACGAAGAGUCCAACAAACCCUUCUGGUUCACAUUACUUGGAGGGAGGUUCUGCAGCGCGGUGCUUGUCUAAACGUGAGAUGAAUGUUCAGCAAGCAGAGAUAAGAAGGCUUAGAGAAGAUGUGGUGAGGCUGCAGAGCCAGUGUAGUGCUAUGCAUUUGCAGGUGGAGAGGCUUAUGGAAAAGAAGAGUAGUGGUGGAAGUAAAGGGUUUUUCCGGUGGAAGAGGCUCGGGUUAGUACCGUCAAUUCGAGGAAGUGUUAGCGUUGAAAAAGGUGAGGAAGAAUCUGGUGAUGGUGAAGGAUUUGAGCCUCGGACUCCUGGGAAUAUGAAGACAAGGCUUGUCAAAGGAAGAACGACACCUUCAAGGUGGAGAAAAUCUAUGUCUUAAAUCUUGAAUUAAUGAAAACAACACAACAAGCUGUUAUUACACAUGGAGGAGCAACAAUGGGGAAGUCUUUUUAUACACAAACAAUGAAUAAACCAUAUUGAUCACAACACUAAACAAAUGCAUAUAUGUAGAGAAUGUGGGAGUGUAUCGAUGAAAGCUUUCAUCGUGCUCUCUAGAAUUUGACAGCUCGUUUGAUUGUUUGAAGAGAAGACUUGAUGAAGUUGUUCUUAACAA